AUGGAGCUGUGCCCGGGGCUCAGCAACGGGCACCUCAGAGGGUCCCUGGGCCUCGGUGGUGGCCCACGCAGGAGGGGCCCGUGCCACGCUGCUGCCCUGGCCGGGCCCCCCGCCGUGGAGAACCGGAGGGUUGGGGUCUUCCCCGGGGCCAGGCUGGUGCUGGGGGAGGGAACUGGUCUGGUUAAAUUGCUCGUAGCAUCCCCGGUUCCUGCCUGGGGGGCAGCUGGCAACAGGGAGUGGGGCACGACCCCGCAGAGAGCCACCAGGAUGCACGAAGUGACACAGAUCCGGCUUAAAUAUCCCAACAAGAUCCCGGUGAUUGUGGAGCGCUACCAGAAGGAGAGGACCUUGCCCCCCCUGACCAGGAGCAAGUUUUUGGUGUCCCAGGACCUGCCCCUGUCCCAGUUCGCUGUCACCCUGCGGACGCGGCUCUGCCUGGCCUCCUCCCAGACCUUCUACCUGCUGGUGAACAACCAAGGGCUGCCGAACAUGGCCAUCACCAUGCAGGAGCUCUAUCGGGACAACAGGGAUGAGGAUGGCUUCCUCUACCUGACCUACGCCUCGCAGGAGAUGUUCGGCUGCUCGUCCUCCGGCGAGCCGGUGGCUGCUUGACCCUCAAACCUCCUGCCCGCGCCGCGGCUUCUCGGCUCAGGGCUCCCAACGCCGCUGAGAUCGGGGACGUUCGCCUCCAAACUUCGCUUAAAAUCUGUGGGGAGGCCCAAACUGUGGCUGGACCAAACCUCGCCUUCCCUCCGGCUGCAGUUUGACAGGCUCAGCUUUGUAACGGC